GUCAGCUGAUUUCGAAAAAAAAUCACUUCUCCAUCGCUUCUCAGUUUUGUUUUGUUUUGUUUUCGAUGUCUAGUGAAGAAACGUCCUCAAAUAUGCCGGCGUUUAAAGAAAUAUUCAAGGCAGCCAAGCGUAUUGUCAUUUUAUCUGGCGCUGGAAUUUCAGCAGAAAGCGGCAUUCCAACUUUUAGAGGUUCUGGUGGUUUUUGGAGGACUUACCGCUCUCAGGAUCUCGCUUCUUAUGGGGCCUUCCGACGAGACCCUUCCCUUGUUUGGGAAUUUUAUCACUACAGAAGAGAACUUGUUUUCACUAAGAAGCCGAAUGCUGCGCAUCACGCUGUUGCCAGUCUUGAGGCCCAGUGCAAUCGCCAAGUCACAGUUAUAACACAAAACGUCGACGGCCUCCAUCAAAGUGCUGGAUCAAAAAAUGUUAUUGAGCUCCAUGGGUCCCUUUUCAAGACGAGAUGUUUGUCUUGUGGAGAAAUAAAGGAAAACAAAGAUUCGCCAAUAUGUCCCGCCCUCGAGGGAAGAGGAGCUCCUGAGGCCGACGCACCAAGUAGAGAUUGCAUUCCAGAAGCUCUACUCCCUCGCUGCAAAAAAUGUUCAGGCCUGCUACGUCCGCACAUUGUCUGGUUUGGAGAAAACCUUGAAACAUCGGUUCUAGCUAAGGCUGGAGAGGCACUUGAUGAGUGUGAUCUGUGCUUGGUGAUCGGGACGUCGUCUGUUGUGUAUCCAGCUGCAAUGUUUGCUCCACAAGUGGCCGAGAGAGGUGUGCCAGUGGCCGAAUUUAAUAUGGAACCAACUCCAGCAACGCACCAGUUUAUGUUUCAUUUUGAAGGACCCUGUGGAACAACUGUACCUGAAGCACUGAAGUUGGAUUAAUUAUUUUUCAGUUCUGCUUAGUAUUAAGUGAGUACCUUUCCUAAAUUUUAUUCAUAGUUGAACUGACGUAAUUGAGUCUAAGAAAACGUUGACAAUUUGCUGAACCAGCAUGAAGCUCAUAUAUAUAUAUUAUAAUAAACCAGUAUUGUUACAUAAAGCAA